GCCAGCCUCCUUCUUUUUCUUCUCAGCGCUCUCGGAUGGGGGGUGGAGGAGGAGGAGGAGGACCUGCCCGCAUGGAGCUCCGAGGACAACCGUGGAGCCCGUUGCUGCGUUCACCGACGACGACUAACCCUCGACGCCUCUUCGAAAACCAGCUGCCCUGGUGAAGGAACGAGAAGGGUGGGGAAGAGAGAGGGAGAGAGAGAGGGCAGGCCCGAGGUGCUCGCUGCAGUUUGGGCUUGCAAAUCUUUGCAACGAGCUGUCGGAAAAAACAAAAACACCUCCCUCUCCAGUCCAAGGCGAUCAAUGAGGUCCUAAGAGCAGGGGAAAGUGACAGGAGUAGAAAGAGCGCAAAUCGACAGCAGCAGCAGCAGCAAGCAAGCAAGCAGCGAAGAGACAACCUACCCCCAUCCCCACCCUACUAGCCCUUAAACAAGAAGAACCAGCUGGUAGGCAGACUAAAACUUCCAGCAGCCAGGAUGGGACAAACGCUGCUUCUUUGGCUCUGCCCCCUGCUUCUCCUCAGUCUUUGGGGCCAAAGCUCCUUAUCCAAUGAGAUUCUGGGCCUGAAGUUGCCAUUGGAACCCGUGCUUAAUGCCAACACGGUGUGCCUGACCUUGCCUGGUCUGACACGGCGACAACUGGAGGUGUGCGUGCGGAAUCCUGACGUGACGGCUUCUGCCAUUCAAGGCAUCCAGAUCGCCAUCCACGAGUGCCAACACCAGUUCCGCGAUCAGCGCUGGAAUUGCUCGAGCCUGGAGACCAAGAACAAGAUCCCCUAUGAAAGCAUCAUCUUCAGCAGAGGUUUCCGUGAGAGUGCUUUUGCCUAUGCCAUUGCAGCCGCAGGGGUGGUACAUGCUGUCUCCAAUGCAUGCUCCCUGGGCAAGCUGCAGGCAUGUGGCUGUGACCAGAAGCGCCGUGGGGAUGAGGAAGCUUUCCGCCUCAAGCUGCACCGUCUCCAGCUGGAGGCCAUGAACCGAGGCAAGGGGAUGAUGCAUGGAGUGCACUUGGAACACAUGCCAGCUGAGGCCCCAGGCCUACAAGACUCCUGGGAGUGGGGGGGCUGCAGCCCCGAUGUGGACUAUGGGGAGAAAUUUUCCAAGGACUUCUUAGAUUCCCGGGAGACCUACCGAGACAUCCACUCUCGCAUGAGACUGCACAACAACCGUGUUGGCCGGCAGGUGGUGAUGGAGAACAUGCGGAGGAAAUGCAAGUGCCACGGCACCUCGGGGAGCUGCCAACUGAAGACGUGCUGGCAGGUGACCCCUGAGUUCCGUCUUGUAGGCUCCCUGCUCAAGGAGCGCUUCUAUGGGGCCAUGCUGAUCCGGCCCCACAACAGGAACACAGGGCAGAUGGAGCUGAGCCAUGCCCGCCAGAGGCGCCGGGCCGGCAUCAGCGACCUGAUCUACUUUGAGAAGUCACCGGACUUCUGCGAGCGGGAGCCGGCACUGGACUCCAUGGGGACGCAAGGGCGCUUAUGCAACAAGACCAGCCCGGGCAUGGACAACUGCGAGAGCCUGUGCUGUGGGCGGGGACACAACAUCCUGCGGCAGACGCGCAGCGAGCGAUGCAACUGCAAGUUCCAUUGGUGCUGCUUCGUGGCCUGCGAGGAGUGCCGGCUCACGGAGUGGGUCAGCGUCUGCAAAUGAAGACAGUGGCCCCUGCUGGACGCUCCAGAGACUCUGUGGUUUCUACUGGGUACAGUGGAGCCCUGCAA